AUGAACGGCAAUAUUGAAGAACUCGUUCUCUCCGGGAAACUCUUCAAUCCCCCAUCACGCUCGUCUUCCCCCGUGCGCUCACGCUCCCCCUCUCCAUCCAUUGCAGCGUGGCCGAACGACGACACCGACUUUGACUAUGACUCAGAUGCUGAGCGCCGAAAGGCGAUCGAACAUCGUGUUGCCGCCGCCCAGGAGGACCAGGACUCUAUUGGCCUGGGUCCCGGGCGCACUGGCGUGAAGGGCGUAAUACGCGACCGCGCAGAAGCGGUGUCCCUGGCGCGAUCCAAACGGGCGCAGGAAAUACGUGACCUCAACCAUGCCAUGGAGAAAGCGAGUUUAGGGGGCAAGACCUGGGCGGAAGAGGAGAGAGACAGGCUUGCCGAAAAGACGCGCCUGGAAGGCGGGAUGGAUGAGACACGGAUGUGGAAGGGACGUUUCGGUCACCUGAGGGAAGUAGGUGUGUCGAGCUUCGUGCAGGCUGUAGAAGAGGACAGAAACGUGUGGGUGCUCGUGCACAUAUACGAUCCAUCUCUAGACCGGUGUGCGUCUCUUGACGACGAGCUUUCGCGCCUGGCGCGAUUGUACCCUUCGACGAAAUUCCUUCGUGCGCGCGCCGGGGCACUCGGGUUCGCAUCGACAUCAUCGUCGAACUCUUAUUCCGGCUUUCAUUCAUCGCUCCCUUUGAAUCGAUCACAUCCUCGACGGAUGUUUGUCCCAGGGAAUUACCCCGGCGACGAGGACGAUCCUUUCGCUGACAAUGACGAAUCAAAUGUUGAUAGUCAGGAUCCUAGCCCGCAAGACGAGUGGGAAGAUGACGCGGUUGAUACGGAUGUCUUGCCAACGCUGCUUGUCUACCGCGGCGGCCAGUUGGAGCACGCGUGGGUGCGAGUCGAUUGGGAAGCAAAGAGCGGAAUGCAAGAGUUUCUGAGACAACACAAUGUUGUCUCGGACGCCGAUAUUGGUAUGAAGCCUGAACGCGGGUUGUCCCUGUCUGACGACGACGACUUCGAUGAUGGUGGACUCAUCUUUGGUGGAAGUGACGACGAAGUCGCCUAA